AUGGAGAAUCAAGUUGCAUCCUCGUUGUAUGAUUCGUUUGGGGAGCCAAAAAUCGCGCCUCGAGUUGGGGAUGAAUAUCAGGCUGAUCUGCCUCAGGUUCUCGGAGAUUCGAACACUUUGUCUCGCUUGAUGGACUGUGCAAAUGAUGAGACCAGAGCUGAUUCCCUGCAAAAUUUCCACAUUGGAUCGCGUAUAACGUUGGCGUGGAUAAGCAGUGAGCAAUCUGGUAUGAGGGGAUCACUUGAUCGGAUGGAUGAAAUAUAUGAGUGCAGUGGUAAAGACUAUCGUUUGGUGCCUGAAAUAUGUGAUGAAUGCUGGUCUGAAGCUGAGAAGGGCUGUUUCCUUGUUGGAUUGUACAUAUUUGCAAAGAACUUUGUCGAGAUAAAGAAAUUUGUUGAGACGAAGGAUAUGUUAGCUGUGCAGUCGUACUACUAUGGGGCGUUCUACUCUUCACCGGAGUAUCAUAGAUGGUUCAGCGCUAAGCACAAGAGAUGCAAAUUAGGCCGGGGAUUGUUUUAUGGGCUAAGGCUGCAAGAAUUUCUAUCUCGGGUGCUACCAAGAGUAGGGGAGUCUCGGAAUGCUUUAUUGGAGGUUUCUAAAUCAUUUGAGAAUGAAAAGAUAUCAGUGGCAGAGUAUGCCUUCCGUUUGAAGGCGAUGAUUGGUACAGAGUUGCUCGUGGAAGCGGUUGGCAUUGGGAGAGAGCAUCAAGAUCUCACUGCAAUGGCUACAAGGCACUCAAAGGCACGCCAUGAUAUGCCAUCAGAGAAGGUUUAUACCUCACUUACAACAGCUGAGAUAUCGAGCUUGUUGAGUGGAGAGCACCGACUGAGCAAGGCCAGAUCGAAUGAUCUGUUCUGGGAGGCAGUCUGGCCGCGUCUGCUAGCAAGUGGUUGGCAUUCAAAGGAGGCCACGAACUAUAGUAAUGUGAAUCCUCUAGAUUGA